CGUAUUAAUGAUAAUUGUGCUGCAUAAAAACAAUUUUUUUUCUCACAGUUGGACUGCAUUUGUUACUAUUCCGAGAUAGCUCAUAUUCAAGCUAAAAAUGUAUAGAAGAAUAACCUGAGAGCUUUUAAGUGACUUUUCUCAGAGCAGAUGCAAGAUAUAAAUCUGAUUCAAUUCCAAAGCACUGCCAUUACCAGUGUUGUCUUGCAUUGCCAGACCUAUCACCACAGCGCUGUGAAGUAAGAUCUGGCUAUAUCACACAUACUGGAUAGGAGAAAAAAAACACUCUGGGUUGUUUGCAUUUCUUUAAACCAGUAACACGGUAACGUGAGCUUAUAUUUGCUGGAUACAUAAACGUAAUUUGCUCUUGUGUAUCGCCGUGUGCAUAGGCUACUUCGUACCAAAACGUCCCAUUUAGUAAUUAUGCCGUAAACAUAUUCUUAGUAAAUCCAUUCAUUCACAGAAAAAGAACCAAGCAGGCCUGCUUUUUUGCACGAUUCAAAUUUUUGUUUCAACGUUUGGAGAUUGAACGUGCCCCAGGCAAGUAUCCUGGAAAUGUACUUCCGUUGAUCCAGACAACCAAUUUUGUAACACUAAAGUAUGCCUAUUCUGAGUAAGAUGCAAGUAGCCUGGAUAUUUUGUAAAUGAUUGUCAAGCUUGUUCAAUUCAUUCUAUGAAAUACUUAUGGAUGGUCACAGAAAAUACAAAUAAAUGUUAAAUAAAUGUUGAAAUGAAAAGUGCCUAGUGUCUAUGCCCCAUUCAUUCAUUAAUUCAUUCAUUCAAGUUCGAUUGUAACGUUUACACUGAAGAAACUUGAACUUAGCUAAAAUAGGCUUCAGGAACAAAAUACAACAACCAUCAAACAUAACGUGUGAGGAAUCUGUUUCAUAUUUUGCCUUAUCAAUUAAAUUUGCCUCUGCAGCAUGGAUGUAUGCAUGCAGUCAAUUAAGAGCCAUUCAGAGCACAACUUGGAGAACAGACUACUUUGAUCGUUAUUCAAGGGGUGUAAGCGGCACUGGAAUGUAAUUUUACAGUCAAAUUAAUACCAGACAGGUUUUUGAUAAUGAAUCACUUGUUAUAUAAUACUCUUUUUCAAGUAGAACCUCGAGCUAUUUUAAUAGAAACGGAAAAACAAGAAUAAGUAUGUCUUUCAUAAAUGUAUAACCCCCCUACUCAGGAACUAAAUGCACUGAACUGUUGUUGCUCAAUGUUUUACCCGUCAUCAUCGCUCCUUCCUUUAGCUUAGCUGGCAGAUGUGUCAAUCAUUACAUCGCUGUGGAGAUAGGUCUGCAAUGCGAGACUAGCCAGUCGUCAACAUGGAUUGAACGGACUCUGACUGUUAUCUUUCACAUGGCAGGGCGGUGGAAAAGUAACUUAUCUGACGGUUACAUGAGUGGAAUAAGCUCCUGUCCUCAGCUUCAUCACAUCAGAGAAAGAGGAGAGAAGGCUAGCAGUGACCAUGGAGACUGGAUUUCACUCUCUCUUCACCACAGCUGGCCAGCUGCCUUGGUUGCUUCUGACUCUGUUGACAUCAUGGACAGUCUUGUGUUCAGCAGAUAUAAAGCAGACAAGAUGGCCAUUAUAUUCCCAGAAGCCAGUUCUUCUUGCCUGGAAUGCCCCAACACAGGAGUGUGUCCCGCGACAUCGCGUAACUUUAUCUUUGGACCAGUUUGACAUUGUGGCAUCCCCCAAUGAGGGCUUUGUCCGGCAGAACCUCACAAUUUUCUAUAAGGAGCGCCUUGGGUUGUAUCCCUAUUAUGAGCGUGGUGGCACUGCAGUGAAUGGAGGUCUUCCACAGCUUGCCAGCCUUACUCAGCACUAUGAAAAGAUGCCUGAAGGUUUGCAAAAAUAUAUACGUGAGCCAGAGGCAAAAGGUUUGGCUGUAAUUGACUGGGAGGAAUGGCGACCAUUGUGGAUCCGAAAUUGGGAUGUUAAAGAUAUAUAUCGAAAUAAAUCUCGUGAAAUGGUGGCCAAAAAGAACCCUAAGUGGACCCCAGAACAAGUGGGAAAAGUUGCACAGCAGGAAUUUGAGCUAUCAGCUCACAAAUUCAUGCUGGGGACUCUGAAACUUGCCAAGAAUUUGAGGCCCAAUCAACUGUGGGGCUUCUACCUGUUUCCAGAUUGUUACAACCAUGACUACAUGAGUGGUCUGAAGAACUACACAGGCAGCUGUCCUGUUGUGGAGAUGGCCCGCAAUGAUCAACUGAACUGGUUAUGGAUGGAAUGUACAGCGUUCUUCCCAUCUAUAUACAUAGGUUCUGUACUAGGCUCUACAAAUGAUGGACGCCUCUUUGUCCGAAACAGGGUAAAGGAGGCGAUGCGCCUGGCAUCUGUUGGGGAUGGAUUAGCACGGCCUGUUUUUGUUUAUACCCGCCCUACUUACAUCAAUCAGAUGACCCUCUUAACUCAGACAGAUCUGGUCUCCACCAUUGGUGAGAGUGUUGCACUUGGAGCUGCAGGUGUAAUUUUCUGGGGGGACACCUCCUAUGCAAGCAGCAGUGCCAGCUGCUCCAUCCUGAAUGAGUAUCUUCAGGGACAACUGGGCCGGUACCUCAUCAACGUGUCUACAGCAGCAGAACAGUGCAGUCAGGUGGUGUGUAAAUCACACGGCCGCUGUUUGCGCAAAAUACCAGACAAUGAUGUGUACCUGCAUCUCAGCCCUGUAACGCACAGCAUCACCAGUCAGGGUGGCCGACUGAAGGUUACAGGCGUGCCUGGCCAAGCAGAGCUGGCUCUUUUCCGCACACACUUCCAGUGCCAAUGCUACAGUGGGUACAGGGGUGAGGCCUGUGCUCAGAAAGAAAAAGGGCAGAAUAGAGCCUCCUCUGUCUUAGGGACCUGGCCUCUUUGCCUUUUACUCCCACUAGGACUCCUCACUCUGCUACACUGAGGAAACUGAGAAGCCCCAAACUAUUCACUGCUUCUGCCAGCCCUGAAAAGGACAGUUCAGACUUUUCAACAUAAAGGUGAUAAGUUACUGCACAUUAGUAAUGCUGAUGCAUUGACAACAGCAGACUCUCAGACACUCCUGUCAUUUUUUAUUUAUUUUUUUAUUUUUAUAAUUUAUCUCAAACAAUCAACAAUGUUGCAAAAGAAAAAAAAGAAAAAUUAAAACCACAAAAUAACAACACAAACAAUCAGAAUUUACCAAAGACCAACAAAAUUAAUAAUAAAAAAAAAAAGGAUAAGUUCGAGAAGGAGCAGGUGGACGCAUACAGCUUAUUAGGGUCCUUCCCC